GCCGAGGGCUGUAGAGACACGAUGAGGGAGACCACCACACAGAGGACAGUUAGAUACAAACUCUAAAACUUAGCGCAAUCAGAUGAGCGGCUGGCUUAGAGACAGGCAAAGUUAAAGAAAGGCCAUUUUAGAAUCUGUAAGGACGCCAAAAAGUCAAACAAUAAACAUUGUGAAGACCUUAAAAAACAUAUAAAGACAUUUGUAAGGACAUUUAGAACCUGCGGAGGGAAAAGCAUCGUGGAGGAUUCCGUCCCCAUGGACAAGUCGAAGAGUUUCCGGAUCGACGCUCUGCUGGCGGAGGAGUGCCGGAUGGUGGGGGACAGUGACGCCGGACUGUCUCCUGUCGACCCCGCGGAUGUGUCCCCGCAGCCACGCGGUUUGGUGGCUAAACCCGGGCUCCUCAGCAUUUCCCCCCCGCCGCUGGCCCCGCUGCCCCCCGGCUCGCUCGCGGGGCUCUACUCUCUCCCACACGCGCCCAUGUGCGCCGUACCGCACGCCCCCCUCCCGCAGCCCCACCCGGAGCACGUGCGCGCCGCGGUUCUGGCGGGACAUUUCCACCUGGAGCCGUGGAUCCGCGCCGGAGCGCUGCUGCCCAGACUGGCGCACUUCACUGGUGCGCCUCAGUCCGGGCUGAUGGGAAAGUGUCGUAGACCUCGGACAGCCUUCACCAGUCAGCAACUGCUAGAGCUGGAGAACCAGUUCAAGCUGAACAAGUACCUGUCUCGGCCCAAACGCUUCGAAGUGGCCACCUCACUGAUGCUGACAGAAACACAGGUGAAGAUUUGGUUCCAGAACCGGCGCAUGAAAUGGAAGCGCAGCCGCAAAGCCAAAGAACAGGCAGCCCACCUGGAGGCUGAAAGUGGUCAGCUGACCAAGCGGUCCAGCAAGGCUGGAGAUGCUCGCCGAUGCAGCGCACCGGAUGAUGAUGAGGAGCUGGUGGCAGAGGAGGAUGAGGAGGAGGAUGAAGGCUUUGGAGGGGCCCUAAAUGGCGUGGGCCUGUCUCACUCUUCAGACUUUGCCCAGCACGGCUCCGAGCUAAGCUACAGCUCUCACAGCUCUUACUCAGAUGAUGACCUGGAAGAGAUCGGAGUGGACAUGAAGACUGGAGUAGGACUCUGAAGAGUCCUGAAUCUAAAUGAUUUCCUAUGUGCAGUUCAACAGCUUGCUGCCUCCACAGCCUUCAUCAGAGACUUCCUUCUUGGAAAGACUGAAGCCAUGCACCAAAAUCCCUUACUCAGUCUACAUUCAGCUUCCACAGUAUUAGAAACACCUGCAUUCUGAUUCAACUCACUGGAGAUUUCAUGUAUUUUAUAGGUCCAGCAUGUACAGCAGGUGUACAAUUACAGACUGUUGAUAUCCUCUACAGUGUUUUGGUCAGUUCAUGACCACAAGGCCACUGUUGACCAGAUAUUGUUUGGGUAGUGAAUCAGUCUUAAACCAUCAGUGACACUGACAAUGAGUGUCAUGCAAACACUGAGGCAUUGUUGAGGUUUUUAAAGACAGAUUAAGGGCUAGAUCAGGGGUGUCCAAACUUAUCUGGGAUUAUCUAGAUGAUAGCUGACACAAAUUAUGAUUGUGCAUGGCAGCAGGCUGCAGUCUCUAACUGUACACCAGCAAGUUGGACCUAUAAGGCAGGUGUUUUAAAUAAAUUGGCCUAUGAAUGUACAUGGCCUCCAUACAAUAUAUAGAUAGAAAGGCCAUCUUACAUUAGUUAUUGAUUCUCUUGUUACUUUGCACUUAAUUCUCUGAAGGCCAUCUUAUAAACUGCUAGUUUGUCCCAAAUAGGAACGUUUUCUCACUGUAAAAAUGUCUCUGUCCUCUGUAUUCAGGUGAGCAUUUUGGAAAAUGGAAAUUUGUUCAACACAGAAUGCAGAAUUUCUCUGGAAUGCCAAAUGCUUACUUUUAUCCUGUGUAGAUACUGAUCUGUACAGAUGUGUGAACAAAAACAAGUGUAGAUAUGAACUACACUGUGUUCGUAUGAACAGAGGGUUACUGUGUAGUGCUCAGCUUUUAUUAUUCUGCCUUUUUUCUCAGAAUCCAUUGACUGAAUAACACAGCAGAACUGGUAAAUCCUCAACCAAUAUUGAGAUAGGGCAUAAUUUGAGCAGCGUGUUAUUUAGUCAGUAGUUUUUGUCAUGUUUGUUAUUGGUGUGUUGUCUUUAAUGGUAUUUAAGUAUUAUAGAUUAUAUCUAAUUUAUUCAUGGUAAAGUAAAGCAGCAAUUAUUGUGUCGAAACACUCUGUAAAAUUAAAAGCAAAAUAAAUAAAUA